UCAUCGGUCGUUGGUCGUGGAGUCGCCGACUGUAUGAGAAAUUCCGAGCACCUCUCUCCACUCUUUCAACAAUUUCGAAUUUUAUAUGGCUUGCUUCGUGAUCUGAUCGUUUCUCUAUAACGCGAACCUUCGAAAUUGGCCGGAGAAUUCGUCAGUCUUGGCUGAUCUGUCGCGAAUUUGGUUAAAAGCUCCCCCACUUUCAGAGGUUUUGCUUGCAGAUCUUCAGCGGUCUUCACCACCAUGGCCGCACCUUUCUUCUCAACUCCAUUUCAGCCUUAUGUUUACCAGAGUCAACAGGAUACAGUUACACCUUUCCAGAUUUUGGGUGGAGAAUCCCAAGUUGUUCAGAUUAUGUUAAAGUCAGAGGAGAAAGUCAUUGCUAAGCCUGCUUCCAUGUGCUACAUGUCUGGUUCCAUCGAGAUGGAAAAUACAUACACUCCUGAACAAGAAGCUGGAGUUCUGCAGUGGAUUUUGGGCAAGAGUGUAAGCAGCAUACUUCUUAAGAAUACUGGACAAAACGAUGGAUUUGUUGGUAUUGCUGCACCUUAUUUGGCUAGGAUUCUCCCGAUCGAUUUGGCUAUGUUUGGAGGUGAGAUAUUAUGCCAGCCAGAUGCAUUCCUUUGUUCCGUCCAUGAUGUGAAGGUUGUCAACUCCGUUGACCAGAGGGCAAGAAACAUUGUUGCCACUGGUGCUGAGGGUUUUCUGAGACAACGCCUAUCUGGACAAGGUCUUGCUUUCAUCCUCGCAGGUGGCUCAGUUGUACAAAAAGUUUUGGAGGUAGGAGAAGUUCUAACCAUUGACGUGUCUUGCAUUGCUGCUCUCACUCCCUCAAUUGAUGUCCAAAUCAAAUACAAUGCUCCUUUGAGACGAGCAGUAUUCGGGGGUGAUAACGUAGUAAUGGCGACUCUAACGGGGCCAGGCAUUGUCUUCAUACAAAGCUUACCAUUUCAUCGGCUCUCGCAGCGUAUCGCAAGGUCGGUGACGUCGCCAAACAUGAGAGAAAAUCCAAAAUUGUUGAUACAGAUAGCGAUAUUCGCGUUCCUGGCAUGCGCUGUGAUUCUAUCAUCGUUAAUCUUAACCGAAGUUUGAAAGCAGAGAUAGAAAGAAUUCGAGACGCUUUUUCGUCAAGCAAAAAUAGUAACGUUGUAAUUGUUGAAAUUAGCUCUGGGGACUUUGAAAACGAGGAAUGAUACACACUCACACAGCUCAAACCAUUUUAUUUUCGUUUUUUACUAGUCGGUUCAGUCAGACACAUGUGUUGUUGUUGCUUUGAUAUUGCUCUGAAAACGUAAAUAAGAAAAUAGGAAUUCGAACAAAUUGUAGAGUUUCUUUCUAAUGGUUUAUGCUAUUAGAUUGACUCCA